AAAAAAAAGAGAGAGAUAAUUUUUGGAAUGAUUUCAUUUCCUCAUAAAUCCCAUUUAUUUGUUUGUUUCAGUCUCUGAAAUUCCAGUUCCCUCUUAAGAGAUUCACACAUUUUCUCUCAUUGAACUCCUAGAAAUUUAUUUCCUCAUCAACUCUUCUUCCAGUGUAUGAAAUUCACUUGGUAAAAAACUUCCCCACUUCCUCAAAAUCCCAUAUUUUCUCCUAGUUUAAUCUGUGAAAUCAAAUUUCCCCCUUCAUUUCAGUUUUUGAAAUCCCAUUUCUUCUGAAAACCCUAUUGUUCUUCUCAUUCUUUUGACAAUGAGUAAUUCCCAAGCAUCCAAAUCAACGAAACAUUCAAAGUCUUCAACUUUAGCUCCCUCGAAACCAUCUUCACUCUCUUCCCACCUUGCAAUGGUGGAACUAAAGCAAAGGAUUUUAACCUUACUUUCCAAGCUUUCUGACCGUGACACUUACCAAAUAGCUGUUGAAGAUCUUGAAAAGAUUGUCCAAUCCAUUUCCCCCGAAUCCCUUCCCAUGUUGCUCAAUUGCCUGUUUGAUUCUUCCAAUGAUUCAAAACCAGCUGUAAAGAAAGAAUCUUUAAGGUUACUAUCAAUGCUAUGCAAUUGCCACGGUGAAUUGGCAGCUUCCCAUUUGACUAAAAUAAUUGCCCACAUUGUCAAAAGGCUGAAAGAUGCUGAUUCUGGGGUGAGAGACGCUUGUCGUGAUUCGAUUGGAGCCCUUUCGGGGCAGUAUUUGAAAGGGGAGAAUGAGGGGACUCUAGUGGGAUUGUUUGUCAAGCCAUUGUUUGAAGCAAUGGGGGAACAGAACAAAGGGGUGCAAUCUGGUGCAGCGACCUCUAUGGCUAAGAUGGUGGAAUGUGCUGCUGAUCCUCCUUUGGCUGCUUUCCAGAAGCUUGGUCCAAGGAUCUGCAAGCUGUUGAAUAGUCAAAAUUUUAUGGCUAAAGCUUCCCUUUUGCCAUUAGUGGCGAGUUUGUCACAGGUGGGAGCAAUUGCACCUCAGAGCAUGGAAGCUUUGCUGCAAAGCAUCCAUGAAUGCCUUGGGAGCAUAGAUUGGGCGACACGGAAGGCAGCUGCUGAUACUUUAAGUGCCUUGGCUCUACAUUCAAGUAAUUUGAUUGCAGAUAGAGCAUAUUUGACGAUUACUGUACUUGAGGGUAGCCGCUUUGACAGGAUGAAACCUGUGAGAGAUGCCAUGACUGAAGCAUUGCAAUUAUGGAAGAAGAUUGCAGGGGAAGGGGAUGCUGGAGCUGCAGAUGACCAGAAGUCUCGUGAUGGUGACAAUACUAAAUCAGCUGAAUCAUCACAAAAGAGUGGUUUGAAAAAUCCAAAUGUUUGUGAUAAAAAAACAGAUCCAUCAGGAAAGGAUUCAUCUAACAAUCUUUCCCCUACUUCAGAUUCCGUUUCCCAAGGCAAAGGUGGAAGCAUUCCUGACAAAGCAGUUGUAAUUUUAAAGAAGAAAGCACCUGUUUUAACGGACAAAGAGCUGAAUCCUGAAUUCUUCCAGAAACUAGAAACAAGGGGUUCUGGUGAUGUACCAGUUGAAGUAGUUGUUCCUCGUAGGCGCCUUAAUUCUUCGAACUCGAAGAAUGAGGAAGAAUCCGAGCCCAAUGAUCCAGACUCGAGAAGAAGGUCGAGUUGUAUGGGAAACAGCCAAGCAGAUGAUUUUUGUGCAUCCUCUGGCAGCAAAAACCGUAACAUUGAGAGAGGAGCUGCUGCUGCGUCGGAUAAAUGGCCCGAAGAAAAGAUAAAUGGAAAAGACCAAAGAACAAGGGCAUUUGAUGCUAAUAACAGGAUAGAUGUAAAUCAAAGGGAGCAAUCUGGAAAUUGUUUAGGUUACUCGAAGGUGGAUGGACAGUUUGAAAAAUCCUUUAUCGGCAACAAAGGGAAUUGGCUGGCUAUCCAGAGGCAGUUAUUGCAACUUGAGAGGCAACAAGGGCAUCUUAUGAACAUGUUGCAGGAUUUUAUGGGUGGUUCUCAUGAUAGCAUGGUGACUUUGGAGAAUAGAGUUAGGGGCCUUGAGCGAAUUGUUGAAGACAUGGCUAGGGAUUUAUCGUUAUCAUCAGGCAGGAGAGGUGGUAAAUUUAUGGCAGGGUUUGAAGGAUCAUCUAAUAGACCUUUAGGGAAGUAUAAUAGCUUGUCUGACUAUGGUUCCAAGUUCAGUGGGCGAGCUCCAUAUGGAGAAAGGUUUGCACAAUCUGAUAGAAUUGCUCCAGGUGGGAGAGGAAGGGGAUCUUCUUCGAGAUCUGAAAUGUCUGAUGAUUGGGAUUUCGCUGCAUUUGGUGCUUCGAGGAAUGGGAAAAUUCCAUCAAGAAGAGCUCCAGCCAGCGGCGGCGGCCUGGAUGGUAGAUCACCCAAAUCAGAACAUGAGAGUGACCAGGUUGGUGGCAGGAGAGGUUGGGAUAAGGGUCCCAGGCCUGUGAGGCUCGGUGAAGGACCUUCUGCUAGAAGUGUUUGGCAGGCGUCAAAGGAUGAAGCCACCUUGGAAGCAAUACGUGUCGCUGGGGAGGACAGUGGAGCAUCCCGAACUGGACAUGUGCCUGAAUUGACUGCUGAAGCUCUCGGGGAUGAUAAUGGUGGACCAGAACGAGAUCCAGUCUGGACUUCUUGGAGCAAUGCAAUGGAUGCCCUUCAAGUAGGCGAUAUGGAUUCCGCUUAUGCUGAAGUUCUGUCAACGGGGGAUGAUCUAUUGCUUAUAAAGCUAAUGGAUAAAUCGGGUCCUAUGGUCGACCAACUUUCGAAUGAGAUAGCAAUCGAAGCCUUGCAUGCUAUCGCACAAUUUCUUCUGGAGCCGGAUUUGUUUGAUAUCUGUCUAUCCUGGAUUCAACAGCUGGUAGAAGUGGUGUUAGAAAAUGGACCUGAUGCAUUGUGUAUUCCCAUGGAGUUGAGGAAAGAGCUUUUGUUGAAUUUGCAUGAGGCGGCUUCCACAACAGAUCCACCGGAGGAUUGGGAAGGCGUCGCACCUGACAAACUUCUACUGCAGUUAGCAUCAGCCUGGGGGAUUGAGUUGCAUCUGUUUGAUAAGUAAUCUGUGACCGGUAAUGAAAUCAUGUGUUCUGCUUGCAAACUUCUUGAUUAGGAUACUGGAUCAGUACAUUUAUUUUACAUGAUUUUAUUUUUCAUUUUUCAAAUGGCUAUGAUGGCAUUGUGGUAUAAAUAUAAAUAUUGAUACAUUCAAAGCU